UAUAUCAUCAGUCCUGGCGAUUCACAAACCCUGAAGCUCCCAGACGGGCGAAUACUUGGCUAUGGGGUCUACGGAAGCAAAUCUAGAAAGGCGCAAGUCGUCGUUUCACUGCAUGGCACACCAGGCACGCGCUUGAACGCAGGCGGCCUCAACUCCGUCGGCGAAUACUUGGACUUGACUUUCGUCAGUCCCGAAAGGCCUGGUUACGGUCUCUCUACUCUUAAACCUAAAUACACUUUGUUGGACCACGCGGAAGAUGUUCGAACGCUGAUGAAAUCAUUGUGCGUCCCCCGCUAC